AAAGAGAAAAGAGAGAGAAAAAAAAAGGGAAAAUACACUUUGCUCUUUAAGUCAUGAUUCAUUUGAGGAGGUCAUAGUGCCUGCAUUUGCCACAUCAUUGGAAAUGAGUUGAUGUGGUAAUGCAAAAACUUCAUACUUUCUUUUCUGUUUCAAGUCCACUCUUUUUUGCUUUUCCAUCAGCAUUUGAUUAUCCUAGUUGAAAAACAAGGCAAUGUUCAUAUAUAUUCAGAGCUGCAAAUUCAAUAGAGAAAGUAAGAGGAAUGACCCACUUUGAUUAUCAUCAUCAAUAUAUAUGGUGAAGGUUGUCUGUGGGUUUGUUUGAGGUGUUUCAAUAUUAUGAAACAAGGAAUUCAGUAGGUGUGACUUCAUGUAUAAAAGAUGCUCUGCAAUGAAUUUGAUUAAAAUCCUUCCAUGAAUUCAAUGGGAAAGAAAAGGAGCUGGUUUAGUUGGGUGAAGAAGAUAUUCACUUCUGAUGCAAAAACAAAAACAGAAAAGAAAUCAAGGAGGUGGAGAUGGAUUCUUGGAAGGCUGAAGCUUAAGCAAUACCACCCUGCACUUCCAGCACCACAGACAUCAUUUUGUCAAGCAACAGAGGAGCAAAGAAAGCAUGCUCUGAAUGUUGCCAUUGCGACAGCUGCUGCAGCAGAGGCUGCAGUUGCUGCUGCCCAAGCGGCAGCUGAGGUUGUCCGUCUAGCGGGUGCCUCCAAGCCUUUCCCUCAUUUCACAACAAGGGAUAGAAACUUGGCUGCUAUUAAGAUUCAGAGUACUUUCCGGGCAUAUCUGGCAAGGAAAGCACUGCAGGCACUAAAGGGACUGGUGAAACUCCAAGCCCUUGUUCGUGGCCAAGCUGUGAGACGUCAAGUAAUGAAAAAUAUGAAGAGCUUGCAAUCUGGUGCAAAAAUGUACCCAGAGGUCAAGGAGAAGAGUCCUCCUACCACAAAAGUAAUUUGUCAAGACAUCAGGAGAAAACAGAGCCUCAUGCACAAAGAUGAGGUGCGGGAGAAGGACGUUAAACAUGAAUGCAAUAGUCAAAAGAGUUGGAAUGACAGUGUGCUUUCUAAAGAAGACUUUGAAGCCAUAUGGUUAAGAAGGCAGGAGGCAAUAGCCAAAAGAGAGCGCAUGAAGAAAUACUCAUACUCCCAUCGGGAGAGGGCAAAUACUCAUAUGCUAGAAGAAUCAGUGCUCCAGAAAGAACUUGGAAGCUGCAGCUUCAUGGAACCAGGAGCAAAUGCUGAGGCAAAUAAAAGGGAAAGAGUGAUGCUUUUAAAACCAAAUGUACCUUCAAAUCUGAGUACCUGGGAAGCACAUGGUCCACCUCAUGUUAGAUUUGAAAAUAUGAGAAAGCAAGAUACGCUGGAAGAAUUAAAUUCACCCUUUUUGUUUCCAAGAAGAUCAUUUUGUCGGGUGCUGCAGAGUGCAUCUGGAGAUGAAGGUUCCAUCCCAAAUUCUCCAGCUUUUCCUACUUAUAUGGUUGCAACAGAAUCUGCAAAAGCGAAGGCGAGGUCAAUGAGCACGCCAAGGCAACGGGUAGGAUUUUUGGAUACUUGCUUUGAUUAUAGCACGCCAUACAAGGGCGGACUUUCUUUUUGGUCUACUUAUAAUGGUGAACCAUUCAGCAUCAAUGAGAAGAACAGUCUUCCUAGGUAUCGACUUUACUGAGUUGUCAAAGCUUUCUGAGACUACCUUUUUAACUCUGAGACAUGCAAGAGCUAGAACAGCUUCAUGUUACAGGCAAGACCUUUCACCGUUGUGAAGCUAUUCUUGUCAGAUUGGCAUGUGGUGGUUUGGUGAAUCCACAAAAUCUCAUUUCUGGCAAAGUUCAUUUCAGUAUUUAAUGAGGUAUAUAGAUAAUCGUUUGUUUGUUUGUUACUUAUUUUCUUUUCUUUUUUUUCGUUUUCUCUUUUUAUGGGAAAAAGGGUUGUUAUGGGAGGAGUUUUGUGUCAAAUAAUGUGCAAUGAAAGAUUUGGCUUGCAUUUGAAAAAAGUUUCUUUUGGAGUUAUUUGUAAAAUUCCGCUUGAAUGCAGUAGGUGUUAGAACAUUGAAUUGGAAAAUGUAGAAAUUGGCUUGAAGGCGUGUAUCAAUGUCACUAUCGUUAAAAUUU